UGUGUUCCCCCAUACUUCUAAGUUGCAAAUCCAUGGCAAAUCAUCAUGGUCCAUGAAUUAGACAACACAUCCACAUUGGUUUUUUUUGGAGGUUGGACACAUCUCUAGCCAACAUAUCAAAAUCCUCAUGUCUCCCAAAGGUACCAAAGCCCUACACGUACAACCACUCAAUCAAUCAUCAACCAUUAUCUCCUUGUGUACGAUUUUGCCAAACUUGGAACAACCCUAUCAAUUCAAGCUACAAACGCCAUAACCAACUUACCCAACCUUCAAUUGACCAAUACAUCGAACCCUUUACACAAAGUCCAACCCACCGAUUUUGGGCCCAAAAAUCUCCCUUCCACAUACACACAAUACCAUCCCCAACAUACGUACAAUCAUGGGUUCCUUUAUUCCCUCACAACACCCAGACAACAAAGAAACAAACCCAAUUUUUCCCAUUACCAAAUCCAAUCAACACCCUCCACAACCUUAUUCUCUUCAAAACCCAUCAAACCCCUUUUUCCUUAGUAUUUGUCUCAAUUGCCAUGUUAUAUGAUCUUCCACACCACACGUAUCCUUGCCCUUGCCAAACCCUACAACAUUGUGACACUCAACCCAACCAAUUGUCUCUCCCCCCAGCUCAUGAUUGACAAAUGUCAUCACAAUGAUCCACUCGUCCCCCUCAUCUCCCCCCUCUAUAUAACACGACAUACCAAUUCAAUCGAAUUCUCCAUCAAAACAUCUCUCGAAACAAGUAACACUCAACCCUAUGCAAAAAAACUCAUCCUUUUGUUAUGCUUUCCCCUUCACCGUCGCUUCUUUGUUGUCUCGUUAAGAACUUCUUAUUACGUCACUAUCUCGAUAUCAGUUUGUCUGAGUCACUUGUAUAAAGAAAACCCAUUUGAGAUUUGGCUAUUCUUCUUCUUCUUCUUCUUCAAGCAAUCAUGGUGGUGGUGAGCCCAAUGAAGCUCCUCAAACUGGCCAAGAAGUGGAGGAAGCAAGCUUCCAUGAACGGCGACAACAUCAUUAUUUCACUACCGAUCUUUAGAAGCAACAGUGGUAGGGCACGGUUGCUUCUCAAGGGCCAUUUCGCCGUGUACACGGUGGAGGAUCAGAAACGUUUCAUGGUUCCAAUGUGUUGCUUGGAGGAUCAAGUGUUCAGGCAGCUGCUGGAGAUGUCGGAGGAAGAGUUUGGGCUUCCCGGGAACGGGCCCAUCAGAUUGCCAUGUGAUGGGCUUUUCAUGGAGGGCCUGGUUUCAUGGAUCAAACGGCGGGAAGCUGCCGACCGUGAUCUGAUCAGGAAGGCGCUGAUUAUUGCUUCUUGUGUUGGUAACGGCGGUCGGUUUGAGGUGUCGUGUCCGUCGCCGUUAGUGACGUCGGGUGAUUAUCGUCGCCGGGAACCUACCGGCGGCCAACAAUUCAUGGUCUCUAGUUAUUGAAUGCAUAUGAACUAUAUUAGUGUUAUUCAUUUUUGUUUUGUUUUGGGUAGAUGAAUAGAUAUCCCAUUAUGUAAUGCGUUGAUCAUGUCGCAAAUGUUAAAUGGGCUAAGACGCGCGUGGCAGCUAGCAGAAGUGGCUAAUUUGGUUGAUAAAUAAAUGAUAUUUUAUUUAAGCAUUGUGAUUCCUAAUUCGUUACGAUUUUUAUGAGGAUGAAAUAAUAUUUUUCAAGAGAGUUUCAUAGAAUAUUAGGGUUAAAACUGGAAAUUUUAUUUACGUAAAUUCAACUUUAAUUUUUAACCAUCUGAACUGUAAUUGUGUACACUAUGUAAUUUUUUGUUUGUUUGUUUGUGAGAAUACACUAUGUAAUUGUAA